UGAAAUUACAAACUUAACCCCAUCCAUGAUUAAAAAGAUCUAUGAUCACCUGUUUUAUUUUUUAUCACAAAUGUCGUUGUUGUUAUCGUGUUUUAGUGUUCAAAUUGAUAAUUAACGUUGUAUUCGUCGUUUUAAAUGAGAAGCAUUAACUAAACUUUAUAAUAUGUUAAAAACCUUCGCCGAUACGCUAACUACACAAUAACUAACCUAAAAAUCGGUUCAAAAAUGGAUCACGAUAAAGAAGUGAAACUAAAAACGGACUCAAAUCAUGUUUAUUACGGCGUACACGUCCCUAAUUUAGUCGAAACGUUGGAAGAAGUCGAAAAAACGAACGUAUUCACCGACAAGGCGGAAGCUUUAAAGCUGGUGAAGCAAUUCAAAAAAGCCAGAUUUAAAUGUUUUAAUUAUUACCACGAAGCGGUUGAGUUCGCGACUCACGGUGGGGACACUCCCUUUAUUAACAACCACAGUUUUAAUUCCAACUCAAAAAAAGAACCAGAAAACGAAAAUUUAUCAUGCAUCGUAAAUGAAAAGUGCCAAUUUCGAGGACCAAAAUCUCAAGAUCUGAUCAAAUUAAGAAAAGCAAUCGAGACAAACGACUUAAAUUAUGUUGAAAAAACGGUUUGGGAUAAUCCAAGAUAUUUAAUAAGUUCCGGGGAUACCCCUUCAAUUUUACAAGAAGGUUCUCGAUACAAUGCUUUACACAUUGCGGCGAAAUCGAAACAUUCUGAUAUGUGCGAACUCAUUUUAAACACAGUGGGGAAUGUUGAUUUUAUUGAAAAGCUAUAUGGGGAAGAUGAACACCAAAAUUCGGAAGAUAGGGUUAAAAUUUUACUUGAUUUGUAUUUAAAUACACCCGAUAAAGGAGUUAAUGAGACCCCCUUGCAUUUCGCUGUUAAAUUUGGAGCCUUGAAAGUCGUUGAGGUGUUAGUUUCAUAUCCCCAGUGUGAUAAAAACGUUAGAAAUAAAUAUGGUAAACUUCCAAAUCAAGUUGUUUGUGAACGUUAUGAAGGAUAUGCUGAAAAAUUGAAGGAACAAAUUUCGAACUUAUUAGAAGAUAAUUUUUAUGUUCCUGUUUUACGAUAUGAAGGGAAUUGUACUCCGCCUGUAAUUGGAGAACCAUUUUCACCAAAAAGCCCACCUAGUUUUGAUGUGGAUCCAUUUAAACCCCGAUUAGAAAUUCACGCAUAUGCCGGACCGAUGGAAAAAAAAGAGGCUGAUAAAUUUCGUAAAAUUUGGAAAACUCCACCACGUUCGAUUUCAAAACAAUCAUUCGACCGAAAACGUCGCCUCUCAAACAGUUUAGACUCGGAUUUUUCUUACAAUUUAAAGCUGCGUGAUCCCGAGAAAGGUUUAGAAACGGUUGGACGUGAAUUAGCAACGAAAUACAACGUAAAUUGGAAAGAGUAUUGGCCGUUUUUAGAUGAUUUCGUCGAUUUGUGUUCGGAUGAUGGUUUAAAACGCUUUGAAACGUUUUUAUCGCAAAAAGUAGAUACAAAUUUUUCGAAUCACAACUCUCCCAAACGGUUAGUUUUUGAAACUAAACCGGCUGAUAACUCAAAUAAUUCCACGAUGGAAAGUUUGUGUCGAAAAUUGGAGUCAAUGUGUAUUUUGGAUGAUUCCUCGAUUAUUUUAAAUGAAAAUCCCGACUUUGUUUGUCCUUACGUGUGUUUGGAGCGAUCAUUAAAAAUUUUUGCAACUCGAAUUUCGAACGUUUUAAAAAAAUUUAAUAAUUUUAUUAAUUUCCAAAGCUCUUUAACGGCUGAAAUUAAACUUUUCGAACAAUUAAUCGUUAGUUACGUGGACGAUAAACGCUUCGUUGACGUGAAUAUGCAAAAAUCGCACCACCGUUUAGCCGUUUUGAUCGCUUCUGGUGGUUUUUUAACGCAAGAAAUUCAAAUAAAAAUAACCGAAAUUUUAACGUUGAAUUUAGAGAUUAAUAAACAUUUAGAAUGCGUUUUAAAAAACGUUUUGAGCGCUCCUAAUCAUUUUACGACUAUGUGUGAAGAAGAAAACUCUCAAAAAAUGUGGGAAAACACGGAAGAAUGUUGUUGUAUUUUUGUAACAAAACCAACAAAAUUAAAAUAUAGUUUAAGAAGAAAAAACAACGGUGUUAAAACAACCGGAAACGCCAAUAACAACUCGUAUUUUAAUAAUGUAUCUAAAUCUCUGUUUAAAGUAAAAAAUUCCAAUCUUAAAAACGACGAUCUUUUUACUUUUAAUAGCACUUCUUCGGAUGAUUCUUCAGAAGAUGAUGAAUUUUUUACACCACCCUCUAGUCCAUCAUUAAUGAUGAACGAUUUCGACGAAGAUAUUGACGAAUAUGAUAGUUUUGACGACAGUUUUUUACCGGAAACCGACGUUUUUAUAGAAGGAUCUGAACCAAGCAAAAUAGACAGAGACGUUUACAACGCUUUAAAACAAGCCUCAUCGAAAAUAAACCCACACGAUUUUCCUAACAUUUACAAAUGGAGACAUACUUUAAGUUUUUAUACGGAAUUCGAACAAGAAAAUUGGGCAAGUCCAAAACCAGGGGGAAAUUUGGGGAAUUUAAAAACAUCCACUCCGUGUAAAAUUAAUGCGAAUCUUAGUUUUAAUUCGCCCGCAUCGCCAAAGUCAUGGUUUAGAAUAACCGGACUGAAUUCUCCCAGAGCUAGCUUAAAUAUGAAUAGGACUAGGUUAAGUUUUAAUGAGUAAAUGGUUUGUUGAUAUUGUAUUAAUUUGUUAAAAAAAAAUACAAAUAAUAUUUUCUUAUUGA